AUGAUAUCAAGAAUUUUAGAUUAAGGAUCUUCCUUAAGGUACUUUUGGGCCUUUUCUAAAACAUAAGCUUCUCUUUGUUCUUUGUUAUUGAGUUUCUUACCACUAGCACUUUAGACAACAUAAAUAUCAUUCUUAGUAGUAUUGAAACUGCUGCUUACACCAAGGGAAUUAAGGAAACCACCAGCUUCAGAUUCAGCAGCAGGUCUAACUUUAAUAAAUUCAGCAGCAGCAGCAUCUAAUUAAUUGACAAUAUCAGAGGCAAAGUAAGGAUUAGUUUCCUUCAAUUUUUAAAAGUUAAGUUUGCCAAGUUAUUCCCAGCUAACCAAUAAUCUUUAGUUGAGGUCGUGA